AUAGUAUAAUUGUCUCGAGAGAGAGAGAAGAGAAGGAGAAGGCUCCUUUUUCUUGGACAAGCCAAAGAAAAAAAAAAUUGAAGCUUUCACACAAAGUCUCUCACACAAGCCGCCUUAUUUAUCUUCGGUGAUUCUUCAGAGAGAAACAAGCCGGAAGUAGUAAGGAUAACUCAUCUCCGGUGGAAUCUCAGCCGUUGGAUCUGAUCGGUUGAUAAAAGAAGCGUGUGGAGAAGAGAGGCUGGGUUAAAUGAUUAUGGGAUCUCUUGGGUAUUGAAGAGUUGAUUUCUUUUUUGAAGAAGAAGGGAGAGAGAGGUCAGAGAGAGAGUUAUCAGAAAAGUUUGGUGGCGGAAAGGGGAAAAAAAAGAGAUUUUUACGAAAAGCAGAUUGACUGGUAGCUGAAGAAGAGAGAGAGAGAGAGAGAGACUAAACAGAGGAGGAUGAUGAUAAACCCUAGAUUGAGCUGAGCUGAGAUUUGCUUCUUUUUUUUUUUUGUGAAGGGGGAAAAAAGAUUGAAUUUAGUAUCUUUUUUACACAUGCCGGUUGAUUUAGAUAAUUCCUCUACAGUUUCCGGCGAUGCAAGCGUCUCAUCGACCGGAAACCAAAAUCAAACUCCCAAAUCCGUCGGGAAGAAGAAACGGAAUCUUCCCGGAAUGCCUGAUCCAGACGCGGAAGUGAUAGCUUUGUCACCUAAAACACUUAUGGCAACGAAUCGAUUCGUUUGCGAAAUCUGUAACAAAGGUUUUCAACGUGACCAGAAUCUUCAGCUUCAUCGUCGUGGUCACAAUCUUCCAUGGAAACUUAGACAGAGAUCGAGUAAAGAAGUGAGGAAGAAGGUUUAUGUUUGUCCUGUUUCUGGCUGUGUUCAUCAUGACCCGUCACGUGCUCUUGGAGAUCUUACGGGAAUCAAGAAACACUUUUGUCGGAAACACGGUGAGAAGAAAUUCAAGUGUGAGAAAUGUUCUAAGAAGUAUGCUGUUCAAUCUGAUUGGAAAGCUCACUCGAAGAUUUGUGGCACUAAGGAGUAUAAAUGCGAUUGUGGAACUCUAUUUUCCAGGAGAGAUAGCUUUAUAACGCAUAGAGCUUUCUGUGAUGCGUUGGCUGAAGAGAGUGCGAAGAAUCAUACUCAAAGCAAGAAACUUUAUCCAGAAACUGUCAAAAGGAAGAAUCCUGAAAUUGAGCAGAAAUCUCCACCCGUUGUUGAAUCUUCUCCGUCGCUACCGCCUUCUUCUCCGCCAUCUGUUGCUUUAGCUCCGGCACCAGCUAUUUCGGUUGAGUCUGAGCCUGUCAAAAUCAUAUCUUCCUCGGUUUUGCCGAUUCAGAAUUCUCCAGAAUCUCCAGAAAACAACAAUCACCCUGAAGUCAUUAUCGAGGAAGCUUCAAGAACGAUCGGUUUCAAUGUUAGCUCAUCCGAUCUAAGCAACGAUCACAGUAAAUACGCAGGCUUGUUUGUAUCAUCAACAGCUUCGCCUAGUUUAUAUGCUUCCUCAACCGCUUCUCCAAGUCUAUUUGCACCAUCUUCCUCCUUGGAACCCAUCUCUCUCCGUCUCUCGACGAAUCCUUCUUUGUUCGGACCAACAAUACAAGAUCCGCCACAUUUCCUAACUCCUCUUCCUCCUCAACCGGCAAUGUCAGCUACCGCAUUGCUCCAGAAAGCUGCCCAAAUGGGUUCCACGGGAUCAGGAGGUUCGUUGCUUCGCGGGUUAGGCAUAGUUUCAACUACUUCUUCAUCAAUGGAACUCAGCAAUCACGAUGCGUUGUCAUUAGCUCCUGGUCUUGGACUUGGACUACCUUGUAGCAGUGGUGGUAGCGGAUCAGGUCUGAAAGAGCUCAUGAUGGGGAAUUCGUCGGUGUUUGGUCCGAAACAGACGACACUCGACUUUCUCGGAUUAGGAAGAGCUGUUGGUAAUGGCGGUAAUACCGGAGGCGGAUUGUCUGCUCUGUUAACUUCUAUAGGUGGCGGCGGUGGAAUAGAUCUGUUUGGAUCGGGGGAGUUUUCAAGCAAAGACAUUGGAAGAAGUUCGUAAGAGAGACAUAAGGCAUGAACGUAGUAGAACAGUGUAGUAUAUAGUUUAUCAAGUUUGUAUCAGGUUUUAGAUCUUUUGGUAUCUGUUUUAGUGAAAGCUUUAGUUUUAUUCCCAAUGUGGGUUUUCUCUCAAGUACAUAAAUCUCCCAGACAACUACAAAAAUAUAUUGUUUUUUUUUUUUUUUUGUGAUGAUGUUGUACUUUGAGAGAUAAUUUGAAUUCGGGGUUGUGACAUAAACGACCAAAUUAUUAUUUCAGAUGGUUACAAAUUUUGGUCUAA